AUGUCCAUAAGAGGAGAGACGAGUCUAAAUCUUAUUGAGCCCCUAGAGGGUUUCAUUAGCGACGACGAAGAGCUUAAAACGCCAUCGAUGGGCGACGAAUCUUUUUUCGACUAUUUUCCCUUUGAGGAGAUCGAUGCCCCUCCACUCGUCAAUCUGUCAGCUUCUACGGAAUCCGAAGAUCUUCUUCUGCCACUUAAACUUCAAUGGAAGAGUCCCAGCCAAUCGGGACUAAAAAGUCUUCCUCAAGUGCAUCGCAUCGUUGACUGGAUUAUGGGCCGAAAUGUAAUAAUACAAGAAGAUCAACCAUCGGCUAAAUGGUUGUCCGCCGCUAGCAAUGUGGGUAAGAAUAGCUUGAUGGAGGGAGGCGAGAUGCAUUUCAACGGAAGGCGACUAAUAGAAGAGGACUUUUUCGACAUUGGUGAUGUCAAGGAUAUCUGCCCCGCCUGCACGACACCAUACUGUCAGGCUCUCGACUCCCUGCCAUUUAAAAGCAGUUUGAAGCUCGGAUAUAACGAUCCGGAAACGCAUACUUGGCUCAUCGGCGACAAGUAUGUUAUGACCGAGGAAAUAGACGACGAAUGGUCGGAAGAAGCAGACGUUACUCUAACCCUAGCGACGGAGCUUAUCAGGAAAGCGACGAGAGUGCCCGUGCCGAGCAUAAUAGCUGGUUGGAAGGAGAACCGGAAGGUAAUCACUAUCACCGAGAGGGUUCCUGGUCAGCGGCUUUAUGAUAUCUGGUGGGACUUACGAGAUGAUCAAAGGGAAACGAUCGCGAAAGAAGUUGGACGCCACAUGGAUCAAUGGAGACGGAUGACAUCAGACAGGAUUUCGACUCUUGGCGGUGGUCCUGUGCGACGCCACGGUCAUCUUUUCGGUCCGUCGCAGGAAGGAUUUGGACCUUUCAGGUCCGAUGAGCAAGUAUGGAGUGCCAUUCAUAGACGCCUGAAGAGGAAAAACGUCAGCAAGGAUUUGAUUCAGAUCUUGAAGGACUAUAUGCCGGAAUCAGCACCCUGCGUCUUCACCCAUGGUGAUUUGUCUACUGCCAACAUCCUGAUUCAUAACGGGAGAGUCUCCGCUAUCCUAGGGUUUGAUAAUGCUGCAUGUCUCCCAGUUUGGGCUGAGUACGUGGCGAUACACUUCUGCUAUUGCAAAGAAGAUGAGCAAUGGAAGGCGAUGCUUAGCAAGCACAUGAAGAGUUAUGCUAGGGCGAAGGAUUGGUGGGCGCUGUGGACUGCAGUUGAGAAGAGUGCAUCGAAGAAACACAUAGCCGCACUGGUGGUUCGCUGCCGGCAGUGGCAAAAACCACCAGAGAACAAACGAACGUUCGAUCCAGAAUUGCCCAACGAGAAGAAACAGGAAGAUGUCUCUGACUUAAACCUCAUGCCAGAGUCACACCUGCAGCCACCCGCUCAGAACCGCCCGCACAAAACCUAUAGUCCAUAUAGAGCGGCACUUAGCAGGAAACUGUUGAAGGGAAAACAUUUCUCAGAAUUACUGAAUGAUGUAAACUGGGAGUCAGCUGUCCACGUGGGAUCAGAAGAGGGUGACAUGGUGGGAGGGAGCAAAGAUAACUUCUCAGCGGUAUCAGAGGCACAGAUGCAAGGCAUUAUAGGAGUGGAAGAAGAUAUGGGAAGAUCCGCCAAGGAAAAUAGCGAGGAUGAAGCACAUGAAGCUAAGCGUGUAGGCAUUGAAAGAUGGCUCUCGGAGAGUGAGAGAGGGAGGAAGUACUUUCACAGACCGUUACUCGUCCAACGCAUGUCGAAUGAUAACCAGGAUACAACUCCGCAAAUGAGCCCGGUGAAAGACCUCCCUUGGAGGGAGAGGCUGAGGUCAUUCGAGAGACGAGAUAACGAUUUAAAAGGCCUAAGACCAUUCAGUUUACCUCUGUCACUCUUAUCAGAAAAUGUCAAGCAGAACCUACAAGAAGUUGACAAGAAAGGAGAAGAUAGCAACGAAAGCGACACCCGUGAGCAAUCCAUUGAGAAAACUCUUAGUUCUCUGGAGUCUAGCCCGGUAGAUCCCAUCGUCGAUGAUAUUCCCAUAGCUCCUAUUCCGCAGCAAGGUAAAGAAGAACAUGAGGGUAGCGUAGAUGCGGAGAAGAAGCGGUCUUCAAUUUUCCGAGAGAAAACUUCUCCUGGAUUGCUAUAUUUGACACUUGCGAAUGCGGCGGCUGAGGGGAAAAGCAAACGAUAUAGAAAAAGUCUCUCUGAGGAGCAAACAUCGUUGGAUGAGAGCUAUCCUGCCGACAAGUAG